AUUCCGGAUAGUACCGUCGUUAUCCCUAUUAUUUUAUCUUCGGAUAAGAUAAACCUUACUAACUAUGGUAGUAAUAGAGUAGCAUGGCUAGUCUACCUAUCUAUUUAUAAUCUACCACUAAACGUCCGCUUAUCUAGGAGUCUACCAUUAUUUCUACUACUUACUCUAUUACUAGUAGUUAAGCUAGAAACGGUAGCGAAUCGCUUUAUAGUAUUAGUAUUAUAUGCCGAUGGCGGCUCGCGUAAGUACUAUCCGCGUUUAGCUUUAUAUAUUAUAGAUUUUCCGGAGUAG